AUGAGUGCGUACAAAAAUGCUGAGACAAUUGCAGCUGCCAAAAACUGGAAACGCGGCCACUCUGGAAUUAACCAGCUAGGCGGACUGUUUGUGAAUGGUCGUCCGUUGCCUGAGUCAACACGUCAGCGGAUCGUUGAGUUGGCACAGGGCGGUGCUCGACCAUGCGACAUCUCACGCCUCCUACAGGUCUCUAACGGAUGCGUAUCGAAGAUCCUCUGCAGAUUCCAUGAAACAGGGUCCAUACGACCCAAGGCCAUCGGAGGCAGCAAACCACGGGUAGCCACUGGUGCGGUGGUUCUCAAAAUUGCCGCCUAUAAACGCGCCUGCCCGUCCAUCUUCGCAUGGGAGAUUCGUGAACGCCUCCUCCAAGAGGGAGUCUGCUCCCAAGCCAACAUACCCAGCGUAUCGUCAAUUAACCGAGUGCUGCGAAACCUCUCCGCGGAGAGCAAGAAUUCUCCACUCGAUUACAACCUGCAACACCACGACAAUGCGAGCACAACUUCACCAAACUCAACUUCGGCGACACCUCCAACACCUAUUGGGGGCAGGAGUCUAGACCAUCUUGGAUACCUCCAAGAGCAUCGACAAUCGUAUGCAGCGUGGACGGACUCUUGGUCCGUGCCAAGGCUAAGUAAUUACUAUGGCGGCUACGACAACACUAGUGGGGAAUUUGGAGGAUGGCAACUGCAGUGGCCUGAGUUAACACCAGCUAGGCGACUUGCAAAGUCUGAAUCGCCCUUGGUCCACUGGUCUUCCGAUGGUUUCGGAGAGCAUAAGUGCGGUAAGUCAUUACAUUUUCAAGGUCAAUUUUAUGUCUUUCCAUGUUUGCAAACUGAACAGCAGAUCGGAUAUUUAGCGGAUCCUGUCGAAGCCUAUAAGCUUCAGAGUCUCCGCUCAUUCAGUCCAACUCCAGUGCGAAUGACAGCAUUUGCAGGAAUGGAAGCUUCGCGGGUUCAGCAAUAUCGUCGAAUUCCAUUUCCAAACAUAGACCAAACAGUGGUCUCUGAAAGAGCAGAGGUUGAGGAGUUGCAGCACCAGGAAGUCUUCAUGCAAGGAGAUGGACUAGAUGCUAAUUUGCGUCCAACUGAAACUCGAAUUCACAUGUGGCUAUCCAAUCGGAAUACGAAGUCGUCUGUUCCCUACGCCCCACCACCGGAACCAACCGCCUCACGAUUCGGUAAGACAUCAAAAAAAAAAGAAAGCGUUAAUUAG